UGAAAAUGAGCACGAUAUGGGACCUUUAAAGUGAGAUUUGACUAAGGGAGAUAUUUUACAGUGGUUCCCAACGUGGGGUCGGAGCCCUCUAUGUGGCCAUAAGGCUAAUCUAAAGGCUUGAGAGAGGAGAGUGUGUCCUCCCUUGUCCUCCUCUCUCUGUGUUUAGCCUCCAGACUGGAUUAACCGGAGUGAGAAGAUGCAGCGGGCAGCGGAGCACCAGCUGGCCGCAGUGCUGGCUCUGUUUGCCGCAGUGUUGUCCGGCGGGUCUCGGGCGGAGGUGAUCGAUGACAUCCUGAGCAGCCUCUCCCGGGGAGCAUCCUUCCUGGAGCGGCAACACGAGCACAUCAACCUGGACGGGGUGGUCGGCUUCCUCAUGCUGCAGGCUGAGCUGAAGGAGGCGGUUCGAACGUGGCCUCACAGCGACCCGGUCAGCUGGGCUCAGAGAACCACUUCUGUCGCUCUGGUCAAACGUCUUGACCUAAGCUUCGAGAAGGCCGUCGCCGCCCUCCAGCAGAACGACCCCAAAUACUACAGCGAGUUUGAGCCUCUGCUGACGUGGAGUUUCUGGUUGAUUCCUCAGGAGUGGAGCACCACAGAUCCGAGUCUGGUGUAUUCCUCCACCAUGACCACAGAGUGCUACGACGAGCAGCUCAGUGACAAAUGUCUGACCCUGCUGCUGGGAACCUGGAAGAUGAAUGGGACGCCCUGCAUCGUCACCAAACCCUGCCGGGACACCAUGACUCGCUUCGGCUGUCCGCACUACUCUCUGUCCCACCAGCUGCUCUACUUCAUGAUCGGAAAAAUGAGAGGCUGCACCAACCUGCUGAAAGGCGACACUCGAAUGUCCCGAGCCAACAUGACUGAACGCAACUACGAGAAGAUCUUCUGCUCCAACAUGAUGAAGACCAACCAGGACAUCAUCAGAGACGGUCUCACCGAACAGACGGUGGACAUCUUCAUUGAAAACAUCCUGACUUGUGGAUUGGCUGGUUUCUCCGACUUCUACAAAGCCGACUGGCUGCAGCAUAUUCUCAGGCUGCAGGACGAGGAAGUGGGCUGCUUUGGGAGAGACAGGAGCAUCGUCUCUCAGAUCAUCGGAGACGAACUGCUGGAACAGCUGCAGCCUCACAGGAGAGUGAAGAGGAGGGAGAAAAUACUUCCAGAUGGCUGCUCCAGUCACAUGACAGCUGUGGCUGUCGGCGCUCUGGGAGGAUACCUGAACUACUACCUGAUGGAACAGGACAUAACGAAGAGGCCGCUCUCCUGAACGCUCCCCACCCUUCUCCUCCUGCGUUCACACGAGUUAUAGAUCAUCAGGUAGAGACGCUCUUCACGGCUGGACUCUCGACACAAUAUGUUGCUUCAUGAACAUAAGUCGUAAGAUGAUGAAAAUGCUUAAUAAAACGCUGCGAUGUGGCUAUGUUACAUUCUAUGAUGACAGAUAUGGAUCUAAUUAAUCCCAAACAUGACGUCUUUUGACAGUAGUGAUGCUCCAAUCUAGCAGAUUAUUACAGAUAAUUUGAGUAGUUAAAAAAUGGUAAAUCUGAUCUUCAGACCGUUUAUGUUUCUGUCCAUGUGGAGCUGGACACGGUGAUGCCGCUGUGGUCUCCAGAUACAGUCAGACAGGCAGUGUCUGCAGGAUUUUAUUUGGCUUGUGAUGCAACAAGAUUUUUUUCUAAAUAAGCGUGAGUGAUCCAGCGUGUCAGAUUUAUCUUUUUGCCACACAGCCUCUUAAUCAAUUUCACGAGUUAUGGUCGAAGGGAUAGAUAGUGACAGCGGUAGUCGUGUUGUCAUCUCCUUGUUGGUAGUUUUUGUCUGAAUUUGAUGUAAAAAUGUUUAUAAAAUAAUUUGAUAUUUUAGGCUGUCUCAUUCAGAGAGAGAAACAAUUUGCAGAGGAGAGAGAUCAGAAUUAAGGUGGAAAAGGCACCUGCUGCUGAUUUUGAAGGAUGAAUAAGAGUAUAACAAGAUGACAUUUGCAUAAAACAAGCAUAUUUGCCCACUCCCAUGUUGAUAAGAGUAUUAAAUACUUGACAAAUCUCCCUUUAAUGUUAAUAUUGAACAGAUAAAAAUGUGUUAUUUAUUUGCGAUUAAUCAGGAUUAACUAUGGACAAUCAUGACAUUAAUAGUGCUUAAAUAUUUUAUUCGAUUGGUAGCCCUAGUUACAAGUGAUGAAUUAAGGGAAAAUUAUUGUAUUUUAUAACCUGUUUUUUAUUCUUAUAGUUGUGGUUGUUCUGCCUUUUGGUCGUAAUAACUUGACACUUGUCUCCUUGGUCAUAGAGAGGCAAGUAGAAAACAUACACUGAAGCAUACUGACCUUUAGUGGUGGUUCUUACAGGGUCUUUUUUGCAGGAUCUGUCUGCAAAAAUGCUUAAAAACAGGAAUUAGUUAAUGAUAUCGGCCAUUAAAAGCCUGAUUGGAGCAUCCUUAUUUGAAAGGCCAAGAAAUAUUUACUGUAUAGCUGGGUCAUCUCUAGUAAUUCCCUGAGCAUGGAGAGCAACAUUUUGUUUCUCAUCAACUACAAACGUUGAACUUUUUUACCCCUGAGACGAGCUCUGUGUAUUUGCUUACACUUGGGUUUGAAAAAUUGACCUUUUGGAGCUGAAAAUUGUGGAUUUGAAGGUCAAAAAUAGGUCAAAUGAUCAAAACGAGAUAAUUUAUGAAUUCCUCGCACAAAAACCUUUAAGAAUUGUAGGCCAAAACAUUGAAAAUAUUAAUUUCGCACAUGGCUGAUGGUAGCCAUUUAGCAUUUUUGCGAGGGGCUAAAUGAGUUUUUUAAAAUUUUCAUAGAUGACAAAUCCCCUGAGAAACGAACCUCCGCUCUUCACGGUCACAGAAUAGCUGGAGAAGACCCAACUAGUAGCUUUAAAGAAAAAUAUAACAAAGAGCUGUUUUUCUGUCAAAAAUAAUUAUUUUAUUUUAAAUUAUGUUUUUGCUUUUCUCAAGUAUUUUAUGUACAGAAUAUAAAGAAGGCAGCUGUACAACCAGCACUGACCAAAGAGGAUAUAUGCAUGAACUACGCAUGUCUGUAUAUGAACUCACAUACAAAACGUUAUCAUGUAUUUCAUGUUAGCAGAAUAAACAACCAGUAAAACUAA